GCCACGGGUCCCUCGCGGCGCGCCUGCCCACAAACAUGGCUGCGCGCUGCUCAGCUUCUCCUCGCAGGGGCCGUGGCGCCGGGCCGGCGGUGCCAGUACUCGGGGACUUCCUCCGCGAGCCGGCUUCCUGCACGGCUGGCAUUUAAACCGGUGCCUGGGGCUGCGGGCUGCGGCUGCGGAUGCUGAGCUGUCCAUGGGCUAGGCAGUGCCACCGCCUCCUCUGAGCCACCGGGCCGGGCAGGAGCGCAGCCGAAGCAUCCGUUAACUGCAGCCGGGGCCGAGCAGGAGAGGGCUCGGGGAGCUCGGGGACCCCGGCAUCGGACCCGGCAUCUGGCAGUUUAAUUGCAGGUUUGACUUUAAUUUCCAAGAUCGCAAUUCUCCUGCGCAGCCCACAUAUUUUUCCUCCCUCCGGCCUUGGUUGCUGCAUGAAGCCGGGGCUGGGCUUGGUCCCAGGAGCAGGAGAGGAGCGCGUUCCCUGCCCCGCGCGGUCGCCCCAGGGACCCCGGAGCCGCGCGCCCCGGCCAUGGUGCGGCUGAACCCCGCGCUCGGGUGAGACGGCGACGCGGCUCGGAUCCCGGCGGGUCCGCCCUGCGGGGCACCUUCCCCCGAGGAGCCUAGGGCGCCGGGACGCGGGGCUGCGCGCCCUCCUGCUGGGGCUGCGCGCGGGGGGCGAGCGGCGGCCGCGAUGUUCAGCUGGCUGCGUUCCGACGACCGCCGGAGGAAGGACCCCGAGGUCUUCCAAACGGUGAGCGAGGGGCUCAAGAAACUCUACAAGAGCAAGCUGCUGCCCCUGGAAGAACAUUACCGUUUCCACGAGUUUCACUCGCCCGCCCUGGAGGAUGCCGAUUUCGACAACAAGCCCAUGGUCCUGGUGGUGGGCCAGUACUCCACUGGGAAGACCACCUUCAUCAGGUACCUGCUGGAACAGGAUUUCCCAGGCAUGAGGAUUGGGCCUGAGCCAACCACGGACUCCUUCAUUGCAGUGAUGCAUGGGGAGGUGGAGGGGAUCAUCCCCGGGAACGCCCUGGUGGUGGAUCCUAAGAAGCCCUUCAGGAAACUGAAUGCCUUUGGCAAUGCCUUCUUGAACAGGUUCGUGUGUGCCCAGCUGCCCAACCCCGUGCUGGAGAGCAUCAGCGUCAUCGACACGCCGGGGAUCCUCUCUGGGGAGAAGCAGAGGAUCAGCCGAGGGUACGACUUUGCGGCCGUCCUCGAGUGGUUCGCCGAGCGGGUCGACCGCAUCAUCCUGCUCUUCGACGCCCACAAGCUGGACAUCUCUGAUGAGUUCUCGGAGGUCAUCAAGGCCCUCAAGAACCACGAGGACAAGAUGCGGGUGGUGCUGAACAAGGCCGACCAGAUCGAGACGCAGCAGCUGAUGCGCGUCUACGGGGCCCUCAUGUGGUCCCUGGGGAAGAUUGUGAACACCCCGGAGGUGAUUCGGGUCUACAUCGGCUCCUUCUGGUCCCAGCCCCUUCUCAUCCCUGACAACCGGAAGCUCUUUGAGGCUGAGGAGCAGGACCUGUUCAGAGACAUCCAGAGUCUGCCCCGAAACGCUGCCCUGCGCAAGCUCAAUGAUCUCAUCAAGAGAGCUAGGCUGGCCAAGGUUCAUGCCUACAUCAUCAGCUCUCUGAAGAAGGAGAUGCCCUCAGUGUUCGGAAAGGAUACCAAGAAGAAGGAGCUGGUGAACAACCUGGCCGAGAUUUAUGGCCAGAUCGAGCGGGAGCACCAGAUCUCACCUGGGGACUUUCCCAACCUGAAGAGGAUGAAGGACCAGCUGCAGGCCCAGGACUUUACCAAAUUCCAGCCGCUGAAAAGCAAGCUGCUGGAGGUAGUGGACGACAUGCUGGCCCACGAUAUUGCCCAGCUCAUGGUGCUGGUGCGCCAGGAGGAGACGCAGCGGCCCGUCCAGAUGGUGAAGGGCGGAGCAUUCGAGGGCAGCCUGCAUGGCCCCUUCGGGCACGGCUAUGGAGAGGGGGCUGGGGAGGGCAUCGAUGAUGUUGAGUGGGUGGUGGCCAGGGACAAGCCCAUGUAUGAUGAAAUCUUCUACACCCUGUCACCGGUGGACGGCAAGAUCACAGGCGCCAAUGCCAAGAAGGAGAUGGUGCGCUCCAAGCUGCCCAACAGCGUGCUGGGCAAGAUCUGGAAGCUGGCUGACAUCGACAAGGAUGGCAUGCUGGAUGACGAGGAGUUCGCACUGGCCAACCACCUCAUCAAGAUCAAGCUGGAGGGGCAUGAGCUGCCCAAUGAGCUGCCCGCCCACCUCCUGCCCCCGUCCAAGAGGAAAGUCACCGAGUGACCAGGGGUUGGGGGAGGUUCAGAGCAGGCAGGUGUUAGAGGAGCUAGAGGAGGCGAUGGGACACACACAUACACACACACGCACACGCACACACACACACUUGCAGAUCUUGAGAACUGCACUGCAGAUGAGAGAGAACAGUGAUCCCCAGGUUUCCAGGCUGAUCUUUGUUUGGACACGUCUCCAGGUUCUCGGCAUGGGUAGAA